UAUCAUGUCCGAAAUUGAAGAAUUAACAAAAUAAAAGUAAGCAUUAGAGGGUUAGUAAGGAAUUCUUGAGAAUUGGAUCAAGUUAAAGAAAAAUUUAUAACAAAAGUUCAAGAAUCCAUCAGAAGCAUUUAAAGGUCUGGUGAAAGAGAACGCACGAGAAUUGUAGAUAUAAGAUUUUGAUGAUUUUGCUAAAGGUCUAAAUUUGUAAAAUACUUUAUAAUAAUAGAAAUGAUAUAUUUAAGGAUUAAAAUUUAAAUGAGGAAACUUUUACAAAGAUUUGGGAAUAAUGGGAAUUUAAUUAUAAAUCUAAUAAACAUAAAUUAUAGAUGAUAGAUGAAAAAUUAGAAGUCUUAAUAAUUUUGGAAGAUAAAGAUAUUAAGAUGUUUAAAGGAGAUCCUCAAAAGAAAAAGUUAAUAGUAUCUUAAAUUUAAGGAUGUGAAAAUCUCGAAGAUUUAUAUAAAAAGUUAGGUGAAAUGGUAUAAAAUAACACUGAUUAAAAAUAAAAAGGUGAAGUAGUUUCAAAUGAGAAUGAUGUAUUUUCUUAAUUUUUGGCAAAAAAAAGUCAAAUAUAAUUUAAUGAACUUUCAAUAAGUAAAAUGUAAACCAAAUUGGCAGAUAUUCCAUAAUCAUAAAUAGAUGAAUCAGAUAGUGCAUAAAAAUAAAAACCUGAAUAACCAUUAGUAGAAAGUUAAAUUAUAGUAAUAGGUAAAGUAACAUUACCUAAAAAAAGUUAUUUAGAUUAAUAGCAUACUAUAAUACAUAGAAGAGGAAAUACUUAAACAAAUUUAUCAAGAACAUUCAUUUAUGAUUAAACUAAUAUAAAAAUAUUAUCUCCUAAACUUACACGUCCAAAAGAAUAAUUAAGAAGUCCUAAUAACUAUUAAAAACCUUCCAAUUUUGAUGAUAAUGAUCAAAUUAAAAGAUUAUAAAAAACUAAGAGAUUAAAAGGAGAUUUAUAACAUUAUAUUGGGGAAUUAUUUCAUUGUGAUCAUCAUUUGAAAAAUCCAUAUGAAGUAUAAUAGAAAGGCUUACAAGGCUUUAAUUGUAAAAAGAAUCUGAAGACAGUUUAACAUAGGAUUGAUUUAAAGCCUACUGAAUCUAUUGAAUCAUAAAAUAUUCAAAAAAGAGUUUAAAAUAUAAGGUAUAUUUGAAAAUAUCUAAGAAAUAAAUUAGAUGAAUAUUCUAAUAAAAGAACUAGAAGAUAUUCUCCUUAAAAACCUUAUCCCUCUGGAGGUAUUUUGAUUAAAAAUGAUACCACUCCUGAAAGAAGAUAUUCUCAAAGAAGAUCUAGUCCAUAUACACCAGGAAAUGUACAUAGAUUAAAUGUUGACAGAUUAAAAUAAGAGAAGGAAGCAAGUUAAUAAUAAAAUUCAGAUAAAAAACAUACAUAAGAGUAUUUAUUAUUUAUCCUAUUAAAUAUAGUGAAAUUCCAUACAAAGAAUAUGAUAGAUAAAAAGCUUUUGUUUCAGAUUGA